AUGUCCGACUUUGGUAGAAAGAAUUUUUCCGAUAAAGUUACCGAAGCUGUCAAGCCAGAUUCGGAAAAGAAUGGGUUGGAACAGGCCAAAGAAGCCAUCACCAACAAGGCUGAUCAACUUGGCUCUAAAGCUCAACCAGAGAGUGAAAAGUCUUACCUUCAAAAAGCUUCUGACGCCAUUGCCGGGACCACCCCUGAAGAUUUGCAAAAGACUGCUGGUGAGUAUGUUGAGUCUGCUAAGCAAUAUGUCAACAAUGCUCUUGGUAACGGUGGUAACAAUAGUAAAUAA